AUGGAUCUCUUGAAUGUAGUCCAAGUUUACAUCAAUCCAUUGUUUCUGUCUAUGGUUCUCCUUUUUUCUCUUUUGAUUUGGCUUAAACCAGCAAAAAAGAAAAACCUGAAUCUGCCCCCAUCACCCCCAAAGCUACCUAUUAUCGGCAACAUCCACCACCUUGGCAUGCUUCCUCACCGCUCUCUCAGAGACCUCUCAAGGAACUAUGGUUCUCUCUUUCUUCUACAAUUGGGGUAUAAUCCAACAGUGCUGGUUUCAUCACCUGAAUUGGUUAAAGAAAUUAUGAAAAACCAUGACGUUAUUUUCUCAAACAGACCAAGGACUACGGCUGUGGAUAUUUUGUUAUAUAACUGCGGGGAUAUGGUUUUUGCACCCUAUGGUGAGUUUUGGAGAAAAGUUAAGAAGAUCAGUGUUCUUGAGCUUUUCAGCCAUCAAAGAGUGAACUCAUUUCAGUUUGUUAGAGAAGAAGAAGUUGAACUUCUUAUCAACAAAAUCCGUGGUGCUUGUCUUAAAGGACAGUCCAUUAAUCUGUCAGAGAUGCUAAUGAUGGUUGCAAAUAACAUAGCUUCUCGAUGCAUUCUUAGUCAUAAAAGUGAAGAAGAAGAUGGGUGCAGCAAGUUUGGGCAGUUGGGUAAAAGGUUGUCGGUUCUCUUAAUCGGUUUCUGUAUUGGUGAUAUGUUUCCUUACUUGAGGUGGGUUGAUGUGCUUACUGGAUAUGUUCCAAGUAUGAAAGCAUUAUCUGCGGAAUUCGAUGCAUUCCUUGACCAUGUAAUUGAGGAGCAUAGAGCUCUUGAAGUUGAUGGCCAAGUUUCCAAUAAAAAGGACUUCGUUUCUAUCAUCAUGCAACUUCAAAAGGACGGCAUGUAUAAGAUGGACCUCACUCGAGCCAACAUCAAAGCUAUCUUACUGGACAUGUUUGUGGCAGGAAGUGAUACCACUACGGCGACAAUAGAAUGGAUGAUGGCUGAGCUUUUAAAGCAUCCAAAUGCCAUGAAAAGAGUCCAACAAGAGGUAAGAACUGUGGUGGGGAACAAAUCCAAGAUUGUUAUGGAGGAUAUCAAGAAAAUGGAAUACUUAAAAUGUAUAGUCAAAGAAACUUUAAGACUGCAUCCGGCAGCUCCUCUUCUGAUCCCUCGAAGAACAUCUGCAAGUGUAAAACUAGGAGGUUAUGACAUCCCUUCUGAUACCACAAUCCUUAUCAAUGGAUGGGCCAUUCAUAGAGACCCCAAAUGGUGGGAAAAUCCAGAAGGGUUCAUCCCGGAGAGGUUUGAGGAUAGCUCCAAUACUGAUUUUCAAGGUCAAGAUUUCCACUUCAUCCCAUUUGGUUUUGGAAGAAGGGCAUGUCCUGGGAUGCAAUUUGGAGUUGUUACUACUGAGUAUGUGGUGGCCAAUCUUCUCUAUUGGUUUGACUGGAAGUUGCCUGCUGGUGAAAUUCCUGAAAAUUUGGACAUGGCUGAACUCUACGGUCUCACGUGCCAUAAGAAAACACCUCUUCAUGUUAUACCUCAUUUCUCUUUUUAA